AUGAGAGGGGCCAGCACCCCCACCGAGGAGCCCCCCAGGAAACGUUUUCAGAUACCAAAGAAGAGCAGAGAAAAGAAAGGUGGUCGCCAUCCCCUCCUGUGUACUUAGAAUACUGUGCAGUCAUGUUGCAUGCCUUAUGGAGUGAAUAGAUCACUUCAGCUCUGUCCUGCCUGUGGGGGGCACAGUACAUCUCGGCGUAGGGGCCACUGUGUGCAGAGUUAUGUUUGUGACGGCGGAGGGGGAGAAAAAAAAUACGCGCGGGAAUUUAAUCUUAAUUAAAGGGCACUCCCGAUCCGCGGUGACCUCAGCUGCUCUGAGGCGGAGACGCUAUAAGCAGUCGGUUGUUUCCGCUUGCGCGUCAAGCCCCGCCCUUGCGUUAUGCAGCGAUCAGUAAAUCGUGAUGUAACGUCUCACCCUUUACAUUACUGAUGCAGUGCUUUGCCAUAAUAGUGCGCAGGCUUUCUGGAAUUUUUCACAAUGGAACCUGCCACAGCUCUUCAGUCAAUUAGUUCUGACUCGCGGGAUUUUGAGGAGAUAUUGAAAAUUCUACAUUCGUCAUACUUGGAUGCAAAUUCUAAGAUACAUUUUACAUACCAAUCUGCUCGAAUGGUUCACAAUGAAUUCUUGGAAAAAGAGUUCACUGAAAAAAGAAGACAAUUGAAAUUUGAUGGUCGAUCAGAAAAAGAACUUGUCGAAUCUUAUGCUUUUCUUUUGGCUGAUGAAGAUCAGGUGCAUAGUAUAAGCGAGAAAGGGUUACUUGUUGGAAACUCCAAAUUAACCACACUUGGCAAGCCCUCAAUGGGUGUGUAUCUGUCUAAGUUUGCUGAUUUAUUGCAGACCAAUCCUUUAGAUGGAGGAGCAACUGGGUGUGUUUUCAUAUUUAAAGUAAUAAAGGGAAAAAUGAAAGCUGUUUAUGAUAACUUUAGGAUUAACCAGGAAUCUUUUGGCAAUGUUCUGGAUCCCGCGCCUAAACAUGAGUGCCACGUGUUAAAGAACAUGAAUGCAGUUACAGCUUUGCUGUCUUACAGGGCAUUUGAACGUACUCAGUAUUAUUUUUAUGAGUAUGGAUUUGAUGAAGUUCUCAAGAAACCUAGACAUGUGUGUCCAUAUGCAGUUGUGUCAUUUGGGUACAAGACUGAUCAGAAAACAAGAAGACCAUCUUCACCUCUGUCAGGGCCAGUGAACAUCAGUGUUGAUCAUUAUAAUGACCGUAGCAGUUUUAUCUUAUGGAGGGGGCAGCUGUUAAGUAAAGGAAAACUUCUAUGUCAUGCUUCUCUGAAAUCUACAAGUGGCCCUUUUUUUCCAUUUAAACUCCCUGAUAAGAUUGACUUAGACAUUGUCAUGCGCCUGGAGCAGAUAAAAAAAAGAAUUCCACCAUUGCUGUUCUAUAAGGAAACCCACAGCAAUAGUAAGGAAGUUUUAAAAGGUGGAAUAUAUGGCCGUCUCUAUGAAGUGUGUAACAAGACCAAGACAGGAAAGGAAUUGCAGUGUUUGUUACAAAAAAUGGAGAAAGAAAAACUGGCUUUGGUUAAGCCAGUGACUGAUGGAGGGUUCUUGUUGUUCUAUUUCCCGACUCCAAUGACAGCUUCCUAUGGUGCUCAAAGUAAGAAGCCGUACCCCCUGCAUGCACUCUUUAUUUAUCCUACGUCUAGAGAAACUCUACAGCCUGAAUCGUGUUUUAAAGCCCCAUCUUUUUCCGUGGCAGCCAGUCAAGAAAUUCUACCUGAACAACCAACCUUUAUUUCUGCAUUGCACUAUGCUAUUCUUAAGAGUCAGACAGACACCUCUGACAACUUCAACAUUGUUGUGGAGAAACAUGUGCGCAUGUAUUUGAAGGAGCGUGCAGAAGGGUCUCAUAUGCAUAAAGACUUUAUUAUUAGAACCUAUGACCAAAGGUUGGAUUCAAAGAAAAAACUCUAUGUUGCUCCUAAAGAUCGAAAUCGUAUACUUCCUUCUUUAAAUAGUUAUAUUCAUGGGUCAGAAGCUUAUACUUUGCCUGUAGGAAGAGCAAAAGAACUGAUUGUGGAAAAUCGAAGGGUUCAGCAAUUCAGUCCAGUAUCUGAUUAUGAACCUAUUGAAGAUGAUCAUAACCUCUCAACAAACGCAACAAGAGAAGUUGCCCAUGAGGGACUUUCUGAUAAUGCAAAUUAUGAUCACGACAGAAUAAAGGGUCUGAUUAACCUCAUUUACAUGAAAAAGAAUGCUUCAAGUAAUUCAGAAACAAACAGUGCUCCAAACAGUGAACUAAAAACAAAAAGCACUGAGAAUAGCCCAGAAACCAAAUGGAAACAAACAAGGGAAAACUUCCUCAAUGACAGGGAUGACACAGUGGAUUUGGCACAUUCUGUUUCCACUUUAAUAUGUGCACUUGGUGGGCAAGAUACAGAUCUAAGACAGGAGAGUGCAGAAAUGGAACCAGAUACUGCAGAUGCUGAAAAUUACAAUGAACAAUUUGAAAAAUCACUAGAAGUUAAUAUAAUAAACUCAAUUAGUAAACUGUUUCCUGAGAAAAAGCAAGCUAUUCAUGAGGACAUUGACAAAGUAGCAUUUUCAUUAGCAUCAGACUCUGUUGCAAAUAAUUCUGCACAUUAUGAGCAAAGCACUUACAUACAGGAACAAAGUAUGGAUCAUGAGACAUCUGUAACCAAUCCGCCUGUAGAUGACCGGGUUGUUGAAAAAGAGGUUGUGAAUGAUGAUGUAUUGGAUACUGAAGAAAUUAUCCAGGGUCCAUAUUCAGGAUAUGCCAGUCCUUGUCCUAGCACACCUACCGAGCACUUUUACCCACAACAGAAUUCUAGUUCAUCUGUUGUGGAGUCUGAAAUGCACUGGAAACUGAUCCCAAUUACAGGAGAGGAAGGAAGAAUACCAGAGGAUCAUAUUGGAAAUCUUAGAGAUGAAAAGCAACAAGGGUUAAAUCUCAUUGAAGACCAGUCUGUAUACUCUUCACCAAAAGAUGAUGCCCUGCCAAAUGAUCCAAGAGUUAACCACACUAGACAAAGCAAAGGGUCUGGAUACUCGCCACUUGAAGAGUACAGGAAAGGAAGGAGACAUUCUUCUAGAAGUGAUAAAGGGCCUUACAGAGAUCACAUGAAGAAAGGACAUUUUAAGAGCAAACACUGUCAGGAUGGAUUGAUUGAGAACACUGUGGUUGAGGUGUACAACAAGUUUUCAGAACAGCUUAAGGCGGUUCUAAGAGAAAAGGAUAUUUCAUUUACUGGUGUUUCAACACCCUUACUGUCAUCAGAAGAUAGGGUGGUCAAGCUUUCAGACUGGCUGGCUACCCAAGCCUCUGAGAUACCUGUGCAUCAAUAUGUAGAUGAGCUACGUGUAAAGCUGGAUGUUGUUGUAAAUUCACGUACUAGACCUACAAAUAUUAACAAUCCUGUUGACGGAUCUUAUGAAUCAAAGGGAAUUGUGGCUGACUUGGAGCAUGGACAGCAAGGCUACAUUACAGCUGGUAAUUCGGAUCUUAAAAUGGACAUUUCACAGACAGAGCCUUCACCAAGUUCUGAAUCGGGUCAUAAUGGUUGUAUAGAGCAUGCUUCUUCCAGCAGUGCAGUAAAUGCUCUACCACAUAGAAGUCCUGUUUCUCAUAUAGACACACUGCCUCAUGCCUCACAGGACAACAUACUUAAAAAUCCACAGAAAGCACCCAUCUUGCCUGAUAUUUCAACAUCUCAUACAGCUAUUAAAGAUUUAAUAAACCAAAUGAAUCCAGAAGUAUUCAACAAUUUGGUGAAGAUUUUCUCUCAAGUAAACAAAAACAUAGUAAAAUUCUAUAUUCAUGCAGAAGAAAGCGCUAUAUGUGAUGAAAUCAAGGAUUACUUGAGUAAACUUGGCAACGUACAGUGUUACCCAGACCAGUAUGUGCACAGCAAUGCAGUCUCUGAUAAACUCCUAAUUAUUAUUCAGAAUGAAGAUAUUGCCAAUAGUAUUCAUACGAUCCCGUCCUUGACGGAGUUAAAGAAGCGGGCGGGUGUCAGUUUUGCUGGUGUGGACAGUUUAGAAGAUUUGAAAAACCACACGUAUAAUGAGCUUUUUGUGUCUGGAGGAUUUAUUGUAUGUGAUGACAGUGUGCUAAAUCCAGAUUCUAUAACAGCUGCUAAACUGGAAAAAUUCCUCUUAUUUCUGGAGCAAAUAAACAACCCAGAAGGAAAGUGGCAAAUGAAGAUUCAUUGCAAAUUUCAGAAAAAACUGAAGGAGCUUGGAAGAACAAAGUCGAAUGCACUGAAUAUGUUGGCUCUCCUAAACACAUACCAGAAGAAGCACCUAGUUGAGAUUCUUUCUUAUCAUAACUGUGAUUCUCAGAGCAGACAGGCUCCACAACUAGAAUGUUUGAUCAAACUUCAGGUUCAGAACAUACAACAGCGGCACCUCAUAUUUCUGACAGAAAAGAAUGGAUCUUUGUUUCCUAAUUAUGUUGAAAAUGGGAUUGUGGUUACCAAAAUGGAAGAAUUCAUGCAAAAGUUUACCAGUCUUGUUGGUCAUCAUAGUUCCAGUACUGAUGGAAUUUACCUGAAUUUGGACACUGAAGAAAAGCCGACAGCUCUCAGCAAAGCUGAUGUCAAAGAGGAGGAAGAUAUGUCUCUGGACUCGGAGGAUGAAGCCCCAGAGAUUGAAAUAUGCACCAAGUCUGAAAACUGUAAAACUAAGAGAAGUGAAGUUGCAAGCCAAUCGGAAGCUGAGGAUACACAAACUGAGGGCCCAAAGUCCAGGUCUCCCAUCACUGAUUCUGAUUGCAUGCAGCCAGUGACACCUGUCUCCACAGGUGGUUCAACCACAGGUGACAAUAGUAGUGCAACAGGAGAUGACCUUUCCAACAAUUUCCGUGACUACAGCAAUAGGCAAUUAGGUAUUUCCCAUUUUAACCUUCUCACACAUCAGACUUUUCUUGGAUCAAGUGUAUACCCUCUUUUGGCUAACCAAGCAUCAGGGGAAAACUAUUUCACAAAUGCAUACGGCCAGUCAACAGAACAGGAGACGGUGCAACGUUCUGAGUGGGAUCAGAAGUGGAAUGUAAAAUAGAUAUUAUUUUUUUUCCUAUCUAUUUGCAAUAUAAUUGAAGUAUUUAUAUAUUGACUUUUUGUAAGUUUUUUUGUUUCUUACACAAAGUAAAAUAACAUUUUAUUAUAUAUUGAGGGGAAAAAACCCCUUUUCUCUUCCUCUUUUUGGAAUCCUUAUAUCAUGUACAUUACACAUCAAGUAAAUAAAUUUUUUACAUAAACAAAUUGAAAGAAUGAAUUUUACCGUGUUUUUCCUUUUCUAAUUUUUUGCUUCUAUAUUACAUUAUGUUUUUUGUUGCUUUAUCAUGAAAGCAUUUUCCAUAGUUUUAUUUUAAACAUUUUAAUGAAAACCCUAAACCAAUAAAGGGUUUAUCCAGCAAUAAAUACAGAGCUAAUUUAGUUUAAAAACAGCACCACACAUUUCUACAGAUUGUGUGUGGUAUUCCAACUUGGCUCUAUUCACUUCCAUGGAACCAAACCACUCACAACGGACAGAUUAAUGUGGUGCAGUUUUUUAAUGACAUCAGCUUUGCUUUCUAAUGCUGGAUAACCCCUUUUAAAGUAAGUUUUUUGCUCCUCUCUUUGUUGGACACAGAAGUCUUUGGCUACUUGCCACUAGAAGGUGGACAUUAUGCUAUAAGCGUCAGCUCCUCCUACACAGACUAUACAACCCUGACCUUUUUUAUCUUCCUGCAUGUCUUCUAUGCUUUUAUUUUAGUUUGUUUUUUUUUUUCUGUUUUUUUGUUUUUCAUUGAUAGAAGGCAAAACAGGGACAAUAUGGUCUCAUUGUCACUUUGUGUUUAUGGUGAACAGUGAGUUGUCUGUAGAUUGAUGCUGUUACUCCCUUUUUCCAAGAAGACAAAAUAAAACAGCAGCCCAGCUCCUGGAGGUGUACUCUAGCGAUAGGCCAGACUAUGGUCUGCACAGUUUCUGCCAUCACGGGGCUGUUCCGCGUAUGGCUGGGGUUUCCCAUACCUUGCUGCCGGUGUGCUAAAUCUGGAUGAGUGUCCCCACAGUUCGAGGGACUGUAUGCCAGUCAGCCAGACAUUGGUCUGUAAGGUCUCCUACACCACCAGGUCCCCAUCAGAGCGUACGCACUCCAGUACCACACUUUCAGUGGGAGGGUUCGGAGGAGUCUGUUGUCUGUCUAAUUUUCUACUCAAUCAGGUCUCCUACCACACAUUUCCCUCACCACGGCAGAAGUUCAGUUGACCCACUGCCAGGAGAGGUUCCAAAGGGAUGACCCAUGGGUUCUAUGGGCCCUAUACAAUGCACCACCUAGUGGUUCGCGGGUCCCUCACCACAUGCCUGCCGCUCUCACGGCUUAAGUCUGGUAACCUCCUUUCAGUGGGUAGUUCUGACUGCAGGGACCUGGUGUGUUCCUUGGCCAAUUAGCAGACCGUGGCUGCAUGGUUUUCUAAUCCACCAGGCCUCCUACCAUGCAUGCUGCUCCCUGGCUGCAGUCCGGUAAUCCACUUUUGAUGUGCAGUGUGGCAGCAGUGUCUUGGUGGCUCAUUAGACCUUUUACCAGUAAGUCUGCUGUGUCUGUAUGGUUUCCUGCAGAACAUGCAUCCUUCAUCUUGUGUCUGCGACAUCAGUCCUGGUAUGUAGCACCAUUAGCAGUUAGUGUGGGUGUUUACUGCAGGUUCACUAGACCUUCACAGAAACAGCAGCAGUCUCUGUUCCCCUUUCUAAGGGUGUGUUGUUAGUCUGCUAAGGGCAUAGUUAUGGCACACCGUAGGUGCUACGACUAGUUUCCAUACCGUCGGAUUUUUACUGUGUGUGUUGAUUUUUUUCGUGGCCGCGGUCUUGGUUCCUCACUACUAUUGUAAGGUAGCCGUCUUGUGUCCCUACAUAUGUUACGGUCACUCUACACACAUAAUGCGCGCCUCCUCUUCUGCACAACACUUUUCUGGGUAACCUUCAUGUGGCCAGGACCUGGGGGUCCCAGCUGGGUUCCAUCUGUCUCCCCCUCUGUUUCCGUCCUAUUGAGAUUUUGCUUGAGAUUUUUCUUGUUCAUUCAGGACUGCUGGGUCCAAGACCGGUUAGUGUCCUGGUCUUGGGCACUCUCCUAGAACCUCCAAUUCCCAUGUCGGCCUCUCCUUUUCUGGUCGUUUAUUCUUCCGUGUCCGUCCUCCAGGUGACUCAGGAAUCUCCAGCCCUUUUCUGGACAUUCCGUUCCUUCUUGGCUAUUGUUUCCUUCCAUCUUCUACUUCGGGGUCCACGUUCUCUCGAGAUGGAGGGCAUUCCGAUUGUCCGGCUUACUCUUGUUGAGCUAUGUCCUCCCAGGUGCUCGUGGAUAGGGGUUUUGGGUCUGCAGAUGUUCAGAUCUUAGAUUUUCCGUACCAGGCCUCUAGAGCGGUUUCCUUCGCUUCUUUUUUCUGGUGAUUUUCGGGCCUCCACCUCCUGUGCUCUCCUUCUUCUGCUCAGAUGUACAUUGCUCUUCCGGGCUUCUUCCACUAUAUUCUCUCAUCGGUUGACUCUGGAUGGGGUUCUUUUGUGGUGCUGUUUUCCAUUUUUGUUUCCCAGCUGGGCUAGCACUCUGUCUGGUUCUGUAUUCCUUAGAAUUGAUGCCUACCUCCUUCUGGGAUGGUUCCAGGCCCUCUGGCUUCCUAGUCGACUUUUUCUUGUCUCUCUCUGAGGACCGUAGGUUUAGAGUCUCUGCGAAGGAUGGUCCCUUCCUUUGGUGUCCCAGUCCAUCUCCAUGGACAAGGGAACUUCUGGUAGCUCUGUUUCUAGGCCUUGGUUUUCCCUGGCCUGGGGUCUCGUCCGCAGACCUUACGGUCAAGUGGGUUUGGUCUCAGGGCGGAUUCCCUUUCCCUGGUGAUGGUUCUUCCCAUCCUAGGGGACUGCUUUGGUACGUCCCAUCAGUAUAGGUGCCUCCCCCCAAUGAAGAUAGACUAAGAAAAGGAGAUUUUUGUACUCACUGUAAAAUCUUUCUCGUAGCCUUAACCGCACCCACCCAUUUUUUUGUCCGGAUACUUUUUUCUGGUUCUUGUUUUUUUUUCUAUCCGGGAUUCUUUUCUAGGGUCCUUCGGACAUAUUUCUUUGUUGGCUUCUCCUACUGCUUUGUUGCAAAACUGAUUACCUCCUUUCCAGUAGGCGGGUAUAUCGUGCCAGGGAGGAGCCGGCAUUUUUUCCUAGUGUCAGCGCCUCCUAGUGGCAAGAGCAUAUACCCAUCAGUAUAGGUGUCCCCCAAUGAAGGCUACGAGAAAAAGUUUUACAGUGAGUACAAAAAUAUCCUUUUCUCCGGAGAAAACGGCGCAGGGCUUUUAGCCUCAUUAACUGUAUAGGGCAGAGCAUUGAACGGUGAGGGUGCCCGGUGUUGACGCCGUGAUAAUCAGCCAUUGAUGGUCUGUCCUGUGGAUAGGCCCUCAGUUAAAAAGUCCCAGAAAACUUUAACAGGCUGUUUAUUUGCAGAAAUGUUUUACAUUAGAAAUUCCCUGGUAAUUCCUUUCUGUGCCACGUUGCCACACAGUCCCCUAGGCUGCUGCAGCAGCUACUAGGUGACACACUGCUUGUCAUGGACUGGCCCUUCUACAAUCUUUCCCUAUUGCUCUACAGCAUAAAUUUACUAUGAAUCUGAGAAGACGGGCAAUAGGGGGUAGCCCAUUCACCUCCACGUUAUAUUUGUACAGUACCGCUUAACAAUUUUAUUUUCAAUUUAUUUGGCAUCUACUGGAUGUUUGGGUUUUCACUUUUUUUUUAUUUUUUUUAUUUUUUUUUUUUAUUCUGGGUUUAGGUUAUAUGUUCUGUUGACUUUUCUAGUUCUAUAUACACUGUUUGUGUACAACGUGAUUACCUCAAUGUCUGCUGGAGGAGCUAACAAUAGACUUAAUGUCUGUCUCCUAAUUGCAGAAGGUCUUGUGUACCAUAGUUAACUCAAAAAAAGAUUUUACAGGUGAGUAACAAAAAUCUCCUUAUUAGUGCUGUAAAAGCAUCAGGGCACCUUAAUUGUAUGCACAUAUUGGCCCAGAUAUAGCAAUCUACUUGAAACUAAAACUGUCUGCUUUUGUCAAUAGCAACCAAUCAGAAGUUGUCAAGAUAUGAAAGCUGAGCUGUGAUUUGUUUGCUAGGGACAAAACCAGUUUUGGUUUCAUGUUGCUAAACCUGAGCCAUUGGAGGAUACAUUUUCUGAAACUCACUAGGAAUGUGCCAGUUUUCUAUUGAAAAAUGGUGUUUGUCACUGGUCACUCAAAGGUGCAUUAUUUUUGUUUUAUUUUUUACAAAAAGCCUUAUUUCUAUUGUUUAGUUAAUCACACUUCAUGUCUCUGUGAAGCAUGGAUCUCUAUUUCUAUACUAAUAUAGGACUUUUUUGUCACUGUCAGUACUGUUGUCUCUACAUAUAUAGCAUUAAAGUGCUGUUAAUAGAAUAAA